AUGGAAGAGGCCAAAGCCGAAGUCCGUCGUCUCGUUGGCGCGGAAUUCCCAGACGGCGUCACUGGAGUUGAGAUCAAUCCCUCCGACUUUUCAUCAGACGAGGAUAUUAGCGUUACACCAGGGAGCUUUUACUUAUCCAUCCACUUCGGCAAUGUCGGAAUCUCCAAGAUGGCGAAGCGUCAAUGGAACCCCCAAAAAGGGUUUCACUACGUGCUACAAGACCCUCCUGCCCCCGCAAUGUCAGCUGAGGAUCCAACCUGGGAUCAGGAAAGACGUGACAAAGAAAGUGCAAAGAUCAAAGAGGGUGAAACAGGUGUUGAUAACGUUGUCUUGGAACUCAAAAGCGAUGUCAAGAACGAGAAGCAGCCGACGAACUAUUUCGGAUCAAGCCCCCAGAACCAGGUAUCUUUGCAGGUCGACAGUGGUUCAAGUAUCCUUUGGGCACAAAGCCGUAUUCAAGUCAGUCAAGAUGUCCCACCUGGGCGAUCUUUCGUGGAUCUCACCAUCGAAGAUGCCGCACGAUUUCAAGAAGGGUCCAAGGCAUACGAGAUUCUCUACGGAGGCGGAAAAAAGGUCGCAUUUUCCCUAUUUGAAGCAACUGUCGGCAUUGGAGGAUUGAAGACUCCCCAAGUUUUCGGAGCCGCCAAAAUUGCAGCCCAGGAAAACCUCUUGCCACUAGGGAUUCUGGGACUGGGCUUUUCGGCGGAAAACUCACCCAUCCCAUUCCACCGGACACUGGUGGUUCACUUGAUGGAAAGCGGCAUGAUCAAACGAGCUUCUUUUGCGCUUAUUGGUCCUCGUUCUGAACCAGCUGGAUCUACCAGGCCUGACGGCGAGAAGACACGAGAUCGAGGAUGGCUUGUGAUUGGGAACCUACCAGAGUCUUAUCACACUGGUAUAACCUGGUGUCCUGUCCUUGCAGAGAAAUAUCGAGCUUGGGUGGUUCGUCUCAACAACGUCACAGUCAACGGCGUGGUCAUUUGCCAAGAUCAAUUGGCCCUUGUUGAUACAGGUAGCUCAUACUUGACAACAACUGAAGAGAACUGUCGCGAGAUGGCAAAGGUAAUUCAAGGUAAAGCCAAUAACCGCAUCGUGACUUAUCCAAGUGGCGGUCUUAGCGAGCUCUCUUUCACGUUUGGCGACGCUUCUGGAGGAGCCACGUUCGGUCUGAACAAGGAGGAUCUGUCAUUGGGCCCGGUACCUGGGUCUGGUGGUGAUGUCUUGAGAAGUCCUGUUACCUAUAUGAGCUUUGAGAACAGGAAGUAUAAUUGGGUUUUGGGUGGCAUAUUCAUCGACAACAUGAUUUCUAUCUACGAUUAUACAGGAGAGCCGCGUAUUGGAUUUGCUUCACGGUCUAAUGUAGACCCAGUUGUUACGAAGACAUAG